AAGUAGUUUGCUGUUUCUCAGAAGUAGGAAGAGAAUCCAGGUCUCUUCUGUGUCUUGUGUCAGCCCACGUCGGGCGCCCGCACGCUUAAAGGAGACACUCGUCUCGGGCGAGGACCAGAGAUCAGCCGUGAACUGUCACUUUGUCUAGUUUUCUCUGUCCGAACAAGCUCUCCCCAUCGUCUGUGCCUAAGAAACAGCAACUGAGAACAGAAAGAGGCAGAAGAAUCAUCAUCCCUCCAAGACACGCCACUACCUUUGAAAUAACCCACGAUAUCCUAAAGAGAGAAAAUUUGUGAAGGAACCCCGAAUUCCAAACGUUGUUUCAAGCGGUGAAAUGACCGCCCUGAUCGGCAGUCAAAAAUAAACUCUCAUCCUCCCAGACCCCCACACACACACACACACACACAUAUACAGACGCAGAGACACACUCACACACGCUCACACACUCUCAUACACACACACACACUCACAUACACACAUAUACACACAUAGAGAGACACUCACACACACUCAAACACUCCCACACACACACACACACACACACACACACCAUGUCGGACCCCGCCUCGGACCUGCCCUUCUUCUACGGGAGCAUCAGCCGCGCGGAGGCGGAGGAGUGCCUGAAGCUGGCGGGCAUGGCGGACGGGCUGUUCCUCCUGCGGCAGUGCCUCCGCAGCCUGGGCGGCUACGUGCUCUCGCUGGUGUGGAACCUGCAGUUCCACCACUACUCCGUGGAGAAGCAGCUCAACGGCACCUACUGCAUCGCCGGGGGCAAGCCGCACUGCGGCCCGGCGGAGCUGUGCGAGUACUACAGCAAGGACCCCGACGGGCUGGUGUCCACGCUGCGCAAGCCCUGCCUGCGGCCGCCCGAGACGGCCGUGCGGGCCGGCGUGUUCGAGAGCCUGCGGGACAACAUGCUGCGCGAGUACGUGCGCCAGACCUGGCACCUGGAGGGAGAGGCCAUGGAGCAGGCCAUUAUCAACCAGGCCCCUCAGCUGGAGAAACUGAUCGCCACCACCGCCCAUGAGAAGAUGCCCUGGUACCACGGCAAGAUAGACCGCCAGGAGGGCGAGCGUCGCCUCUACUCCGGAGCGCAACCAGACGGCAAGUUCCUAGUGAGAGAUCGGGAGGAGUCGGGAACAUUCGCUCUCUCCAUGAUGUACGGAAAGACGACCUACCACUACCAGAUACUGCAUGACAAGUCUGGGAAGUACUCCAUGCCAGAGGGAACCAAGUUUGAUACCAUCUGGCAGUUGGUGGAGUACCUCAAGAUGAAGCCCGAUGGUUUAGUGACAAUACUGCGUGAACCCUGCGUGAACCCCAACUACUCUGCGGCUGCCACUCCAUCAGUACCCGGAGUUAGACGAAGUCUUCAAUCGAAUGGAUACACACCGCCACCUAAAGCCCCGGAGGGUCUGGGCGUCGACCGCAGGACGCUCCCCAUGGACACGAGCGUGUACGAGAGCCCCUACAGCGACCCCGAGGCACUGAAGGAGAAGAAGCUCUUCCUGAAGAGAACGCAGCUCAUGAUCGACGAGGUGGAGCUCGGCUCCGGCAACUUCGGCUGCGUGAAGAAGGGGGUCUACAGGAUGAGGAAGAAGCAAAUCGACGUGGCGAUCAAGGUGCUGAAGAGCGAAAACGAGAACAAGGCGGUGAAGGACGAGAUGAUGAAGGAGGCGGAGAUCAUGCACCAGCUGGACAACCCCUACAUCGUGCGCAUGAUCGGCCUCUGCGAGGCAGAGAACCUCAUGCUGGUCAUGGAGAUGGCCGCCUUCGGCCCGCUCAACAAGUUCCUGUCCUCCAAGAAAGACCAGAUAUCCGUGGAGAACGUGGUGGAGCUGAUGCACCAGGUGUCUCUGGGCAUGCUCUACCUGGAGGAGAACAACUUUGUGCACAGAGAUCUGGCCGCCCGCAACGUGCUGCUGGUUAACCAGCACUACGCCAAGAUCAGCGACUUCGGCCUGUCCAAGGCCCUGGGUGCCGACGGCAACUAUUACAGGGCACGUGCAGCGGGAAAAUGGCCUCUGAAGUGGUACGCCCCGGAAUGCAUCAACUUCCACAAGUUCUCCAGCAAGAGUGACGUGUGGAGCUUCGGGAUCACCAUGUGGGAGGCCUUCUCCUUCGGGGGGAAGCCGUACAAGAAAAUGAAAGGCCCAGAGGUGAUGAGCUUCCUAGAGUCAGGGAAGCGCAUGGACUGCCCCACAAGCUGCCCGGAGGUCAUGUACACCCUGAUGAAGGACUGCUGGACAUACAAGCACGAGGAACGGCUGGGUUUCGCGAAAGUGGAGGAGCGGAUGCGGACCUACUAUUACUCCAUCUCAAAGAAGACACCGCCGGAGAAGCCUGAAGCCGCCGCCCUAGAGAAUGACCCGCCCGAGUAGAACAGACCAUCUCUGCUCACUGGGCCCUUUAGCGCCCUCUAUGUGCACCAUGGGAAUUACUGUACACAUGCAGCGGUUUUAAGUUAAUUUGUUGCUUGACAAGUGGAUUUUUAUAACCCAUUGGCAAAUGUUGAAUCAAACUCUCUCAUCUCAUUAGCAAUAUGUUUGUCUUAUUGUAGGAAAAAAAGGUGACAAAAAUACUUGAGAUUGAGUUAUUUUUUUUAUGUUUGCUGUGUAGGCCAAGGCCAGGAGGUAUGGUGAGCUCACUGUAAUUGGUCAGUUAGGGUCUGAGUCUCGACCAAAACCAACCUUCCCUGCAGCCCAACACCAUCAGGGCUCAGAUCUACAGCUAAAGCAGUGCAGAUAAAAAAGCAUAAGAUAGUGCACUCGGUCCUCUUCACAAGGCAGGAGAGAUAGGCGUGUGAGAAUGUACAGUUGCUAAUCUUCUCAAACGACAGCUGAAGUGUGUUUGCUGGCAAUGUUAUUGUUUUAUUUUGAAUGGUGUUACUCUGUAAAGUUUUGAUUUAUGAGACUUCUUCUCUUUAAAGCCUUUGCACGAGAAGCAUAAUGCCGCUUUAUUGUAAUGGUUAGAUUUUAUUUCCUGCAAAUACAUUUUUUUUUUUACAUUUUGGCAGGAUGCCAAGUAUAUAAUUAUUAUAAUAUUAAUAUUUUUAAGGUAUUUUUGGCUUGGUCUUCAAGAGUGAAAUUGUAUUGUCUAUUGUGUAGUCAAAAAGUAGUCACCUCACUUCAAGUACUUUUUAAUUUUAAAAGUUUGUGGCAUGCAUAGUGGAAUCACUAUUAACUCUGUGAAGAGUAGGUUUUUAUGGGAAUGUUUUUUUUCAGUGUUCUAGAACUGCAUUGCUUUGGAUUACCAGUACUGAUUGUGACAUCGGCAUUAGAAUGUUCAAUUGAGAACAUUCUAAUUGCAUAUUUGUGAUCUUUACACCAUAAAGGGUUAAUGAAACAUUCAGAAGUCACUUAUUCAACUGGCUUGCAUACUAAUUUCAUAUGUACACCCAAGAUUGCUUAGAGUAGAAAUAUGAAUACUUUUUCAAAUGGAAUUGGCACAGGUAUGUUAUCUUUCAUUGCAACAUAGCUAAAUGUUUUCCACAUAUAUGUCUAAAAAGAGUAUGUUUUUUUUCCUAUAGAUAUAUAUUGACUGCCUUUUUGAUACGCCAACUAAUGUGCAUCAUGAAUCAAACUACUGAACUACUGGUCUAUUAACCUAUUCCUGUCAAACUGCUAUGAAAACAGUUUUUGUUUGAGUUCAUUUGAACUUGUAUCAUUUUUUAAAAUUUCAAUAAAAGUAUUUCCAUUCA